AUGAACUUAUGUCACAGUAUUACUGAUGGAUGGAAUUAUUGUGGAUGUAUAUUAACUUUAUACUUAUUACCAUUAGUUUGUAUUCUUGGUUUACUAUUAAAUAUAGCAUGUUUAACAGUAUUUAUUCAUCAUCGAAAACAUCCAAUUGUUCCUGCAUUAAUUUCAUUAUCAAUUUGUGAUAGUCUACAAUUAUUUUUUUCAUUAUUUGUUUUGUAUAUUCCAGCAUUACAUCAAUUUUCAGGAAGUGAAUUUUCAAGUCGUCUUGGACAAAUAUCAUUCAUAUCUACAGGCCUUUUUGGGCCUGUUUUAUUAACUGCAAAUUGUUCUUCUAUUUGGACAAUGUGUUACAUAUGUAUUAAGAGGUAUCGAGCAAUAUCUAAUCCAUUAUCAACAUUAACAGAUAGAAAUUCAAAUUGGAAAAUUUUGAUAUGUAUUACUAUACUUGCAUUUUUAUUUAACUUUAGAAAAUGGUUAGAAUAUGAAUGGAAAUGGAUUGAUUUACAAAAUACUGAAGAUGUUCUUUAUAAACAAGAAACAUAUGACUCAGAUAGAAAAUGGUUUUUAGCAUAUGAAUAUAAAAAAUUUAUAUAUGAUGUUAAUUAUAGGAUAAUUUGGGAAAUAAUUGUAUAUCCAGUGUGUGUUUACCUUAUUCCUUGCCUUCUUAUAUCAGUAUUACAUGGAAAAAUUUUAAAAAAUAUGUCUGAACAUCAAAUUGAAUCAAUUGGUCAUAAACGUCGUUUGGCACAAGAAAAAAGAUCAGCAAUGCUUCUUAUAUCUAUUGUUAUAUUAUUUUUUUGUUGUCAUACGGGUGGCUUAAUUGUUCGCUUUUUUGAUUUUUCAAAAUAUCAAUCUGUUUCAUGGUUUAUAUUUAUGAAAGAUACCGCUAACUUUUUAUUUAAUGUAAAUUCAUGUACAAAUCCAAUGGUAUACUUUAUAUUUACAAGACAUUUUAGAGAUCUUCAUUCAUCAUGGUCAUCAACAAAAUUAAAAAGUAAAAAAACUUUAUCUGUAUCAAAGGAAUUAAAAAAUACAUUAUUAAAAAAUUCUCCUUUAUUAUCUCAACCAAGUGAAGAUAAAGUUUAA